GCUCUCCGCAGUUACCGCUAUCAUGGCGGCUUACAGAAGCGCUGCAGGUUUUCAAAGAGUUUUGCAUGCUGUUAAGCAUGUCUGUCUUAUGCAGAGGUGCGGUGUUAUGAUCUGCCGGUACUCUACAGUGUAUGACCCAAAUGAGAAGACCUUUGAUAAAAUCCUCAUUGCAAACAGAGGCGAGAUUGCCUGCAGGGUGAUUAAAACAUGUAAGAAGAUGGGCAUCAAGACAGUCGCAGUUCACAGUGAUGUGGACUCUAGUGCGGUUCACGUAAAGAUGGCUGAUGAGGCUGUGUGUGUUGGUCCUGCCCCUACAAGUAAAAGUUACCUGAACAUGGAUGCUAUCAUGAACGCCAUCAAGCAGACUGGAGCUCAAGCUGUUCAUCCUGGCUAUGGAUUCCUGUCUGAAAAUAAGGAGUUUGCUAAGAGACUGGAGGCCGAGGGGGUAACCUUCAUUGGUCCUGACACACAUGCCAUCCAGGCCAUGGGGGAUAAGAUCGAGAGCAAACUCAUCGCCAAAGCUGCCAAAGUCAACACCAUCCCAGGCUUUGAUGGGGUGGUCAAGGAUGCGGAAGAGGCUGUGAAAAUUGCAGGAGAAAUUGGCUACCCUGUUAUGAUAAAGGCGUCUGCUGGUGGAGGCGGUAAAGGGAUGAGGAUUGCAUGGAAUGAUGAGGAAACCAGGGAAGGCUUUCGUUUUUCUUCCCAGGAGGCAGCAUCUAGUUUUGGAGAUGACCGUCUGCUUAUUGAGAAGUUCAUAGAUAACCCCAGACAUAUUGAGAUUCAGGUGUUGGCGGACAAACACGGCAAUGCUCUGUGGUUGAAUGAGAGAGAGUGCUCCAUUCAGAGAAGAAACCAGAAAGUGGUGGAGGAGGCACCCAGCACCUUUCUGGACCCAGACACCCGGAGAGCGAUGGGAGAGCAGGCCGUAUCGCUGGCGAAAGCAGUGAAAUACUCCUCAGCUGGCACUGUGGAGUUUCUUGUUGACACCAAGAAGAACUUCUACUUCUUGGAGAUGAACACACGUCUACAGGUGGAGCAUCCUAUCACUGAGUGCAUCACAGGACUGGAUCUGGUGCAGCAGAUGAUCCUCAUCGCAAAGGGCUACAAACUCCAGCAAAAACAGUCUGACAUACCUAUAAAUGGCUGGGCCAUCGAGAGCAGAGUCUAUGCUGAGGAUCCGUACAAAUCAUUUGGUCUCCCAUCCAUCGGCCGGCUGUCACAGUACCAGGAGCCACUCGACCUGCCCAAUGUUCGAGUGGACAGUGGAAUUCAAGAAGGAAGUGACAUUAGUAUCUACUAUGAUCCCAUGAUUUCUAAGCUGGUCACAUACGGUAAAACACGAGAAGAAGCCCUGAAGAAAAUGGAAGAAGCGCUUGAUAAUUAUGUUAUCAGAGGUGUGACCCAUAACAUUCCUCUACUGAGAGAGAUCAUCGUCCACCCUCGGUUUGUGUCUGGUGAUAUCAGCACUAAGUUUCUCCCGGAGGUGUAUCCUGAUGGGUUCAAAGGUCACAUGUUAACAGCAGGAGAAAGACGGGAGCUGCUGGCUACGGCUGCGGCUCUUUAUGUAGCAGCACAGCUCCGAUCUCAGAAGUUCCUGGGAGAUCUGAGAACUGCACAUCAAACUGGACCCCCUGCUCCUGAGAGGGCCCUGGAGGUUCCAGUGUCCCAGCCUGCUUUGGGAAUAUCAGCUCAGGCUUUUUCCUCUCUCACACACAUAGUGGAGAUAGAUGGAGAGAAGGUUGAAGUGUCUGGAGAAUGGAACUUGGCCUCAGCAUUGCUGCCCAUCACCAUCAACGGCAAACACCGGAAUCUCCAGUGUCUGUUGCGGACAGCAGCUGGAGAAAUCACCCUGCAGUAUCUGGGCACUUCAUUUAAGUUGCGUGUGCUGAGUAAACUGGCAGCAUAUCUCAGUAAGCACAUGCCAGAGAAGAUUCCAGAAGACACCAGUAGUAUCCUCCGCUCUCCCAUGCCAGGAUCUGUGGUGGCUGUGUCCGUUAAACCAGGAGAUAAUGUUGCAGAGGGACAGGAGAUUUGUGUGAUUGAAGCCAUGAAGAUGCAGAACAGCAUGACCGCAGCAAAGACUGCCAAGGUGAAGAGUGUGCACUGUAAAGCUGGAGAUACAGUCGGAGAGGGAGAUCUACUGGUGGAACUGGAGUAGCAGAUCACCUGCAGGUUCUGAAGAUCAUCAGUCGCUGUGGAUGAGCAAACAAAGACCCUAGUAGAGUAGAUGGAACAUUCCUCCAUUUGUUAUUUUUUUUCCCCUCAUGGUUUUACUCCUUUUUUUCAUUAUGACUAUAAUGUAUCAUCUGCCUGGAAUUUAGCUGGAUUCCAGUGAAGGAAAUGUCAAAACACUUAGAUCUCUUGUGCCUUGGUUUUAUUGUUUCACAUGGAAUUAACCACACAUCAGCAGCAGUUUGAACGCAUCUUUAAAUGCAGUCAAUGUAAGCUGUUGACACUCCCUCACUGUCUCUCUCUACUCUCUGUGUACAUUUAGCAUUGUUCAGAGGAAGUGCUGUGAAUGUUUUGCAUUGCUGCAACUCAUUUUUAAUUAUUAGGUUAUAUUAUGCAAUGCUUUUUCUGCUCCAUGAUUAUUCAAACAUAAUAUAGGCCUAUUCACUCUUCAUCUUCAAAUCACCAAUCCCACACUGAUUUAUUUAAGUGUUUCCAUAGAACUUGUACCUCAUUUCUGUCAUCAAAUGCAUUAAACUCAAUUUGUGAUUAUUUCUGUGCAAGUUGUUCUUAGAUCUGGAGGUGCACUGUUCAAACAGUUCAUUUGCUUGGGCUUUAAUUGUUCAGUCUUUUCCUCUCUUUCUAAAAUUGAGAAAUCCCGAGGAGCGGAGCAUUACCAGAAGGAGAAGGCAGAUAUGAUUACUCGCAGGCUAACAGACUGUGGUCAGUCUUGGAGGAGGCACUGGUGCUGUUUCCUGCUUUUUAGCACUGAGCCACUUAGAUCCACUUUCUGUCUGUAUUUGUUUUGAGAAAAAAAUGUAAUUGUUAUAAUAAAA